UCAAGAGGCUAGUCACAUUGGGAAUAUGAACGACCCUGACCCACCAGGUUAAACAUGAUAUGUGCUGCUGUAAACAACUUUGUGUCAACCGUAUGUGUAGCCUCGCAUUAUAAACAGUUGACAAGCUUGUGUUGAAUGUAAGCAUGGGCCCAGCAAUAGUGGUAUACGACCUGUCAAUCAUACAGGGCAUCUGGGAGGGCCAAAUAAGGAAACACAAAAAACGCCAAAGGAAGGAACGGGAACGGCAGGAGAAAAGUGCAUUAGCAAAGUUGAAUCAAGAAUGGAGUCAAAGGCUAGAACACAGGAAGAGACUCCGUGAAAAAUCAAAUCAGCUGAACUUGGAGAACGUGGCAGCUGAUGUCAAACUUUACCACAGCAGUGAAAAGAAUUUGCUGUCAGAUGGGCACACCUCACUGGUUUCAGGAAUUGAGAUUGAUAUUGAUGAAAAAACAUUUAUUUUUGAGCUAAAUGGAGAACAAUGGAAGGAACUCCCUGAUUCAAUCAAAGAAAUGACUUACCUCAGACAAUGGCACAUAAGCAGAACCAGCAUACAGGAACUUCCUAAAUAUAUUGAGCUGUUUCAGGAUCUGAGAGUACUGCAACUACCCAGAAAUGCUAUCAAGGAGCUCCUGGCAGAAAUAGGCAAACUGAGGAACCUUAAGGAACUGAAUCUAAGCUAUAAUAAGCUCUCUAGUAUUCCACCUGAACUUGGAAACUGUGAAAACCUGGAAAAGCUGGAAUUAACUGAAAACCUGGACCUCUGGGAACUACCAUUCGAGCUUAGUAAUCUGAAACAGCUCCUAUACCUGGACAUAUCGGCAAACAAAUUCAGCAGUAUACCCAUCUGUGUUCUUCGCAUGUCAAGCCUGCAGUGGCUGGAUGUCAGCAACAAUGACCUGAAAGAACUGCCUCAAGAUAUUGACAGGUUGGAAGAAGUAGAAUCCUUGUUCCUGCAAAAGAACCCAAUGACGUAUCUUCCUCAAGUUCUGUGUAACCUAACAAAGCUCAGUGUGAUUGUAGUAAGUGGAGAACGCAUGGUUAAAAUGCCAACAGCCAUCUGUAGCAAUCCCAGUAUUAAAUUUAUAAAAUUAUUUGAUAACCAUCUUGAGGAUGAGAAGGAACAAACGGAGUCAAUGAAAGAUCACGACAGCAAGAAGGAACAUGAAAAGGAGUUUAUUCAAGCAUACGUUGAGUCACUGAGGGACAGAGAAACAGUCCCCUGCUAUACCACCAAGGUGUCACUGAGUUGUCAACUAUGAUGUCUUGAAAGGAUUGCCUAAAACCACAGAUUGAUGGAUGAAAGGCCUUUGGAAAAAAGAAAGAAGACCCCGUCAUGUUUUUUUUGUGUGUGUA